AUGAAUCUCCAGAAGCUAUUUAAGGUGCUGGAGAAUAUAACAACAAAGAAUUCUGCUUCCACAACCCAAAAGAAAAUCAGAAACUCAUGCAUGCCAAUAAAGCACUCUGAGGAAAAGCCCCACGCCCCAGCAGAUCACACACCGCCCUCUAGUGGGGAAAUAGGAAAACCAAAGGAAAUUUUACCACCCAAGCAACCAACCCUUCGCUUAACAUCACAAAUAAAUCCUGUGUACCCUAAUAUAACAAAAAAGGAUCAAGAUAAAACAACACAGACUUGUUGGAAGCUAAUGCUAAACAAACAUAAACUUGCCUUCACAAUACUUCCCACAAACAGAGGUCAUCCAUCAUAUGCUCAAAGAAAAGUAAAUAGUCCCGAAAAAAUCGGAAUAGUUACCAGGGGCCUUGUGACAGCAGAAAAUAUCAUCAAGGUAAAAUUCCUCCCUCGUGAUACGGCCCAAAAUAGGGCUAUAGUGACUUUUAAGAACAGGCUCUCAACUAAACAGAUCCUUUCUAAUAAAAACAAUUUCCUGAGGGCUGGCUUGCUUGUGCACCGUUUCUUCGAAAACAUCGAAGACCCUUUACCACUUCUAGGAGCACAUAGGCCAGUCAGACCAAAAACCAAAACCAGCACUGCAGAAUCCAACAGCACUGGAAAUGGUAAGCUGCUCUACCCAGAGGCUGGCAACCUUAAACAAUCUGGCCGGUUGUACAAAACCCCGCCCUUGCCAAAUAAGCUAGAAAAGGAUUUCUCGUCAAAGGAAGAACAACUCCUAACAACCUACCUCGAGCAGAUUCUACUUUCCCAGGAUGCACUAAUUGAAAGACUAUCGACCAUAAGGAACUUCCUUCCACCUCUAGCCCCGCCUCCUCCCAUGGAAUUUAAUUACAUCAAUUGUAAAUCAAAGCCUUUAACUAACGAGGAAUGGACAACUUGUCGAUAUCUGGCUCCAGAAGAAACGGGCUCUCCUAUACCCCCACCAACAGCCCAGUCCAAAUUGCAACAAAUCGAACUAGUGGUGCCAGCACCGGGAAUUGGCCCAAUCUUCAUGGACUGCCGGGGAAUCCUAGAAGGUAUUCAUGCAGAGGAAUGAAAUAAGGUCUUAGCGGGUGACUGCCUGAACAGACAAAUUAAUACCCCCAAAUUAGCCUUUCCCCCAAAAGGCUCACCCAUUCCUCCGCAUCGCGGCUCAAUCAAGCCAAACCCAAAGGACCUGAGGAAUCAGCAGCAGAAAACAGCUAUGAGUGCCUGGAAUCUAAAAACCUAAGAACCAACUACUGCCCUAAACAUCAUCUCCUGGAAUGUUGCCGGCUGGUCCAGAUGCCUCUCCCAUUCUACAGACAUUCCCUUCUACCGUCAAAACUUUAAUAUCAUCGCUCUCCAGGAGAAGUGGGCGGCCGAAAAUCCAUCACUGGAAGGAUACUACACAUAUGCAGCAAAUCUGAUGGGCCUGUGCACAUCGCUGCUCUUCACAAAGUUUGACCGUGAUAAUUGA